CCGGCCGCCCGCAGGCCUUUGCCGCCCGCAGGCCUUCGCCUCCCGCAUCCCAGUGCCGGCUGCACCCGUCAUGGACGACAAUCGGGUUGUGUCGGACCCCGAGCUGGCCGCCCUUCUGCGCUAUUUCAUCCCGCACGGGAACGUCUUGGGUGCGCGGCGGCCGGCGGCGGUCGGGUCACCUCCCGGGACCUGCUCUCUGCGUUUCGGCCCGCUCCUUCCUCCGCACCGGUUCCCCGUGUACCCCCUACGCUGUCCCCCAGACUUGGAUUCAGCUCUCAAGGGCUUGUCGGAUAUGGACAAUCUGCCCGAGAAAGAGGACACCUUACUUGCCCAGAGCAUCGGUUGUAAUGAGGAAUACUAUGAGGAGAGUUACCUGACCGCCAGGACUUCCGGGGAGGCUGAUUCUGUGGGUACGUCCAAGGGCUUCCACCAGCAGGGGACUUCGCUCUCAGUUGCUGACACCUUCCACCACCAGAUUCGAGAUGACAGUCUUUUGUCUUCUUCUGAAGAGGACAGCAAGGAUAGGGAACACCCCGUGUAUGGCUUGGACAGUUCCUACCAGAGCGUCGCACACUACCGCCACAUUUCCAGCAUCUCCAAGAGCUCCCAGGACCUGUCCUAUUAUCCUACAUCCUCAUCCUCCUCCUCUUUAUCUUCAUCUUCAUGUUCCUGCCCUUCAUGUCUCACCCAAUACACCAUCCAGCCAGGAAAGCAGGCCCUUAGGGUCCCGCUCUGGGGCCAGCUGCUGCUUUUCCUGCUGUUAGUUGCCUUGCUGCUCUUUGUUUACUACUACUGGAAGUUUAGAGAGGGCAAAGCAUUCUGAAUAGAGCCCUGAGGGUUUUUGGCUUCAGAGCCAGCUCUUCUCAGAAGUCCUGGCUGACUUCUUCAGCA